GUCUCGCGAUAGUUAGAUUAACGGCCGUUGGUGCUGGCCGCGGGUGAUGCCCCGCAAAGUGGAGUGCGGCCGUUCGGCAGGAACCCGAGCCAUACAGUACACGCGCUGCCGGCCACAGGUCCGGGUAUUGGCCGAGAGGAACCAGGCCGUGGUACCAGUGGGAGCCUGGGUGGAAUGUGCCAGGGAUUGGCCCGAAGAGCAAGACCCCGCUUUUUGGUUGCUAUAUGGUAAGAUUUCAGCUCUUGAAGUGGAUGAACAACUAAAAGAAAUCCGUAGAGAAAAACUGGAAAAUUUGAAGCGUUUUCAAGAAGAGGUGAAGCACCGUGUGAACAAGUAUACUCGAUUACGGAAAAAGCAGCAACAGCAGCGAUCUUAUGAAGCAGUUGAAAGGGAUGAUCAUGUCAUAAAGCAAUCAUCUGCUUCAGUUGAACAUCUCACUCCAAAUAAAAACACUUGCGUGUUUCGUGGUAAUAAUGCAGAGUUUGCUAUUUUCAGUCCAAGCUCCAGAUGGGUGUGUGCUCAGAGUCUAGGCAUUGACAAGGAGGAAAGCAGUGAUGUUUUCAGUGAUCAAGCUCGGAAGCUUAGUAAAGUUACAAAACAAGCUCGGCAUAGGCUUGCAUCAUGUCAAACAGUAUCAGAAGAGGAGUUGUGCUCAACACUUCCAGGAGGAAUUUGGAGGGAGUCUCCACCAAGAGAUAACCCAAUAUCCCAAAAAGAGGGACAACUAGAUGUUACAAGAGAUUUCACGUGUUUGGAAGGCCAACAUGACCUGCCUGCUGAGUUGCAGGAACAGUCUCAGAAAGUGAUGGAUGGAAAACAUGUCACUUUGCAGCCAGAGCUGCAACAUCUAAAGAACUCAACAUCCCAAAGAGGGGCACAUCUGAAUAUCGCAGGAGAGUUCAUGUGUUUGGAAGGCCAGCAUGACCUACCUGCAGAGUUGCAGGAGCAGUCUCAGAAACUGAUGGAUGAAAAACAUGUUACUUUUCAGCCAGAGCUGCAACAUGGAAGGCCCUGUAGUCGAUUUUAUCAUGAGCCCUACCCCACAAGUUCCUAUGUAGGAUUUAGUACUGACUAUAAGACAGCACUAAUCUUGAGACCUGGUGUGGACCAGGAAGAGAGAAAGAAGCAGCGUGGUAACCAGUAUUUGAUGUACCGUCGCCUCUUCAUGGAUAUUGAACGAGAACAGGUGAAAGAACAUCAGCGUCAGCGAGAGCAUGAGAAGAGGAUAGCUAAAAUUAAGGAAGAGAAGGAGAAGCUGAGGGAAGCAGAAGAGAAAAGAAUGCUUAAGCUGACUCAGCAGAGGGAGCUAAUGGCUGAAAGUGAAAAGAUUGCUCAGUUGGAGGAAGAGGAGAAACGAAAGAGAACCGAUCAAGUCAAAGCGCAACGCAACAGAGAGAGCACCAGAUUUAUAGAAGCCUUAAGAGCACAGAUGAUGGAGAAGAUUAAAUUGCAGAACACAGAUCUACCUCCCCUCUGUUGCUGCGGAACUGAUUUCUGGGACUCUCAUCCAGACAAGUGUGCAAACAACUGUGUCUUCUAUAAAAACCCGAAAGCGUAUGCCAAAGCACUACAAUCUGUAUUAUCUUCAUGUGAUGCUUGGGAUGGACACUGUAGAAAUACCUCAAUGAAGAAGAUUGCUUCCGUGCAUUUGUGUUCAGCCUGGAAGUAAUUCAUCUGCAGUGGGAAGCUAAAGUCACUCGAGACAAUUAACAUUCUCAAAAAUGACUCUAUGUUGAGAUGUGUUCAGAAAAUGUAUGAUUGUCUUUUUUUAAUAACAAGUGGUUGAUAAAUUAUUUUGCUGCUUUCAUUUAAUUGUAUGAGAAAUUGAAUUUUAAAAUAUGUAAUCAUUUUUCUGAGAAUUUCAGUUGAAGACGUAUGGUUUGGUUAAAUUGAAAAUAUAUCUAAAGGCCAUUUUUAAAGAAAAAGAAUGGUGAUUUCUAAAUUGGCUAAUUCUAGGAAAGGACAGUUUAACGUCCAAAUGCAAGAAUCAUUAUUUAACAACUAAUAAUUGCCUACCUCUUCGAAUUCACUUUUUUUUUUCUUUUAUUUUCCAUUCUUACUUGGUUCUGUAAAUCUAGUCCUUUGUGGGGAGAUGUCUGAAUUUGAGAAUGUACUGACCUGCUAAAGUCCUGCUAUCCCAGAUAAAUGUUAUAAUUUUACAGAAUGUCCUCAACUAAACAUCACUCUACUUAUUUGCCAGGAGAGAAUAUGAUUGAGGGAGAGGUGAGGUGGUGUAAUUCAGCCUGUUAAGUACACAGUAAUUGUCAUCAACUGCAAUUUCCCCUAUCCAGGCUUAUAAAGACUUCAAAGUUUACAACUGCACUAGAAAGUUAUAAAAGAUCAUUGGUUCCUUGUCAGUAACAGUUGGAUAUCAAGUACCCAUUUAAUGGUGUGAGGUCUUUAAAUUUCAUUUAAACAAAUCAAACAUAACAAAGGGCAAAUUAAACAGGCCACUGCUUUUUUUUUGAGUGUGUGAUGCUAUGUUUGUUUCAUUUGCAUUUAUUUUAUUUAUUUUUUUUUGGAAAGGCCAGGUCAACCAGUUCUGUUAUUCAGAUACUCUUUUCCUGGAAUUUAUUGGUCUGAUCAAUAAACAAGCAGGUUAAUUUCAGCAAAACAUAAAUUUAUAUUUAGAUUUGUGUUGCUGGUGUCAUUCUGUGAACAAUAAAUUGUCUAAGAGGUGAACUUGUGGUUUACAUAUGGAUGUAACUUAUUGGCCAAUAAAAUCAUUUUUAGAAUGC